ACUGGGCACACUUAGGAGUCAGAACUCUAGGGAUUCAGAGCUGAGACGCUGGUGUCUGCAUUCCGAUCGCAGGACUGUUGUUUAUGUGUGUAAACCUGAGCAAGUCCCUCAACCUUCCCGGAGCUUAUUUUCUUCAUCAACGAAAUGGGUUUCCAACAACCCCAGGGUUAAGUGCCUGGAAAGCUUCCCCAGAACAGUGCCCGCAUAGAAAAAUACUCGGGAGAGGAGGCAGUGACCACGCUGCUCCCACCUCGUGGGGUCCUUCGGGGUCCCGACGUCCGUCAAUCUUUUCCAAGGGAUCUGGUCCUAGUCCACUAAGGGCGCGCCCCGCUUUGAUAUAUUUAUUUGCUUGCUUGGGCGGAGCUUGGAGCGCAACAAGGAGGAGGAGGCGGCGGCGGAGGCGGAGAGCGCAGAGAAAGGGAAGCCACCCGGGGGCAGCGAGCUAGCCAGGCGGGGCGGGGGAGGAGUCAAGCCGGGUUCCAGGGGCCGGGCGCUGCGCGCAUCGAGAGCCUGGGGCGGCGGAGACAGGGGCGGGGGCGACGCUCGCCGGCCAAUGGCGCGCGGCGCUACCGCAAGGGCGGUGCAGGAACCCCGGCCGCUGACAGUCAAAGUCGCCAACUCCGCCCUAGUACCCGCGGGAUCCCGGAGCCCGAGCCCGAGCGGGGCCGAGGCCGCCCAAGGCGCGCUGCGAGCGAGUGAAUAUGGCAGCAGAAUGAGGAGCCUGGCGCCGGGUGGUGGCCGCUGCUGCGGUGCUGCAGCUCGCGAUCGGCGCCUGGCACACCACGAGCCGCAUUCUUAGUCGGCCUCCGGGUUAUUUCAUUCGGCACCAAGGACCGCGGAAAAAGGAGAUCCGCAGCCCAGAGAGGGUGGUGAAGCGGGAGCGCGAGCCGGGAGAGAGAUUCUGCGGGGAUGAGCCGGCCAUGGGGCGGCCUCGGCGGGGCGCACGGAGCCGACCGGCGCUACAGCGGGACCGCUGCCUGAGCCCGGGCUCCACGGGACUUCGGGGCCUCGUGCGUCCUGGCGGAGUCCCCGCCGCUGUCUCCAGGAAGGACACGCUACUCGCGUGGCGGGCACUGCAGCGGUCACGGCGCUGAGGCUCCCGGAGCCUACAGGGUCUGUGGUUCGGUGCGCUGUCACGCCGCCGCACGCGGGCGCCUUGCCCGGGGCUCGGCGGCUGGCGCUGCGCAGCGAGAUCGGCUGCGGGAGCCGGGGACUGCGGGACUGGCAGGAGAGGCGUGCGCGCGGGUGUUCGACUGGAGAUCCCGGUAGAAGCAGAGCCGGGCGGACCUGAGCAGCCAUGCUUCCCGGGGUGGGCGUGUUCGGCACCAGCCUCACGGCCCGUGUCAUCAUCCCGCUGCUGAAAGAUGAGGGCUUCGCGGUGAAGGCGCUGUGGGGCCGCACGCAGGAAGAAGCCGAGGAGCUGGCCAAGGAGAUGAGUGUUCCUUUCUACACUAGCCGCAUCGACGAGGUGCUGCUGCACCAGGAUGUAGACUUGGUGUGCAUCAACCUGCCGCCGCCGCUCACCAGGCAGAUCGCUGUCAAAACGCUGGGCAUAGGCAAGAAUGUCAUCUGUGACCGUACUGCCACGCCACUGGACGCCUUCCGCAUGAUGUCAGCCGCCCACUACUACCCCAAGCUCAUGAGCAUCAUGGGCAACGUGCUGCGCUUCCUGCCAGCCUUCGUGCGCAUGAAGGAGCUGAUCGAGGAGGGCUAUGUGGGCGAGCUGCUGGUGUGCGAGGUGCAGGUGCACAGCGGCAGUCUGCUGGGCAAGAAGUACAACUGGAGCUGCGACGACCUGAUGGGCGGUGGCGGCCUGCACUCCGUGGGCACCUACAUCAUCGACCUACUCACCUUUCUCACAGGCCAGAAGGCCGUCAAGGUCCACGGGCUGCUCAAGACCUUUGUAAAGCAGACGGACCACAUCAAGGGUAUCCGUCAGAUCACCAGCGAUGACUUCUGCACCUUCCAGAUGGUGCUGGAGGGUGGAGUGUGCUGCACCGUGACCCUGAACUUCAACGUUCCUGGAGAGUUCAAGCAGGACGUGACUGUGGUGGGCUCUGCCGGGAGGCUUCUGGCAGUAGGCACUGACCUCUAUGGACAGCGCAAUAGCGCCCCGGAGCAGGAGCUGCUGCUGCAGGACACUACAUCCGUGAGCAAUUCCCUGCUGCCUGAGAAGGCGUUCAGCGACAUCCCCUCGCCCUACCUGCGGGGCACCAUGAAGAUGAUGCAGGCAGUGCGCCAGGCCUUCCAGGAUCAGGAUGACCGGCGCACGUGGGACGGUCGGCCUCUUACCAUGGCUGCCACCUUCGACGACUGCCUGUAUGCUCUCUGCGUGGUAGACACCAUCAAGAGGUCCAGCCAGACUGGAGAGUGGCAGAACAUUGCCAUCAUGACAGAGGAGCCGGAGCUGAGCCCCGCCUACCUGAUCAGUGAGGCUAUGCGCAGAAGCAGGAUGUCCCUCUACUGUUAGCAGUGGGACCUGGUGGACUCGACCUGCUGCGUGGGGCCAGUUAGGGGGAAAUGCUCUGUGGAGAGGGUAGACAUAGGUGGGGAUUGUGGGAAGGGCAGCGUGAAUGCACAGCGUAAGAGGGUGGUCCCGGUCCUCGGUAGAGGGCCCCCCAAAUCCAAGGUGGUGGUGGGCCGACUUCAUAUUCAGGAGGGCGUGCCCUCCUAGUUGGGUAUGUGAUGAAAGGAAGGAGGUUUACCUAGCACCUUUGUACUCCAUUACUGUGAGAAGCAAGGAGGGGCUGCCCCCUGCCCUACCUCAUCCAUCCACAUAUCUUGGCCGUCUUUGCAAGCCAAGGCUGUGUAUCUGAUGACAAGCUCAGUGGGAGCUAGGCUCUCUGUCAGCGCCCUCCACUGGCAGGAGAGGGCACUUCAUCAAGUGUCUACAAAGGAUUUUUUGGUGUUUUUGUUUUUUGGUGGUUUUUUUUGUUUUUUUUUUUUGUUUUUUUGGUUUUUUUGUUUUUUUUUUUUUUUUUUUUGGUGUAGGGAGGUAGAGGAGGUGAGUGGGGCUGGUAAAAAAAAAAGUUGUAAUUCCAGGAAGCCACUGUGUGUUUUACUUUAAGGAUCUGAAGGAAAAGUACUUGGUAGCAAAGUGCACAGCUUCCUUGAUUGCUUUGUGUCCUAGGAAGCGUCAGGGCCUAUCUGACUGGCUCACUGAUGUUCACCUGGUAUGGUGGGCUUCUGCAAUGGAGAGCGAAUGAGGUGGUAAGCUGUACCUCUGAGGUGACCAAGACAACAGACAGGCUGCAGGAGCCACUUCAGAGCCCUCCUUCCGUAGGGGGUGGGACUAGUGUGAGUGGCAAUCCAGGGGUCCUGCCAUGCUCUCUAGGCAACGCUAAGAAUGCCACACAUAGCAUGGGCUUGCCUGUCGCUGCCUGUCUGGGUCAGGACAGCUGCAUUCCUGGGUGUUGCAGUAUGAGCUCCCCAAAAAAGGGAACAUGAGCCCAGCCCCAGAGUUGCUGUAAGCCCAACUGCCAAGCUGAAGAAAGACACGGAGGAGGAAAGACAUUAGACAUUUGUGGGUUUAAACAGGAAGCCAUUCCCUUCACUUCCACAGAACACUUUUCCCUUCAGAAGAGCCAGGGCUCUUUCCCUUCCUUACCUUUGGCCUUGGCUUUUAGGAUUCUGACGGCUGGAAACUUUUGAAUAGGUAUUAAGACAAAAAGCCAACAGAGAACAUAUUUUCAGUGUUUCUAAAAUGGGGCUUUAGAUCCCCAAGAGGGGUCUACGUAGGUGGAGAAGGUUCACGUUGAGAAAAAAAAAAUCUUUCACUUCCUCUCCUUGUCUUUUUACCCUCCGUGUGAAACUAGAGAUGGACCAGUACUGGCUUAGAUGUCGGCAGAGACAAAGCCUGUUGUCACAUGGACACAUAUUUGCAAAUGUUUGCUAUCCUCAAAUAUGACUAAAACAGUCUUUAAAACUCGAGUCUGGUCUUAAAGAAAGGUCAAGACUGAAAACAGGGAGUUCUCUUUUUCUUGGUUGGCUUUGCUAACCUUCACCGGGCAUGGGGUAGUUUUGAGCCUGGGUAUAGACUAGUCCCUGUAAGUAGUCUGCUUAGAAUCCAGGCAGUGCUCCUCCCUGGGACCCUGGUAAUUCACAGGCACAGUCAUACUGGAGCCCACACACCAGUGGAAUGAUGGUCCUUUUCUAGCACGAAGGAGCGGAUGCUGCCUUGCUCGGAGCCCCUGUUCAACAUGGUAAAGGUAGCUGAUUGGUUGCCACCCCUUAUGGCCAGUGUUUCAGGUUUACACUCUCAGACCAAAACUGAUAAUCUGUGCACAGGGCCACAUCAUAGACUUUUUGGCUUUUUUGGUUCCUGCUCUCAUAAAUUGCUCUUUAGGAAAGCAAUUUUUCCUCUAGCUACCCUGAAAAUCUGUGAUUAAGGAUGAAAUCAGGGACAUAGUAGACAACUCCAAGUCAUUUACCUGAGUAGAUAUUCUUGUGAUUUCAAUUUUUCAAUUUUUUGUUUCUCUACUUCCCUCAUAUUUGAGGUUUUCCCUCUAGAGGCCUCUGGUCUCUGUGAUAAACAUGCCGGGUCUAAAACCAAAACUUUCAUUUGAGGUUAGGGGCUGUAGAAAGAAUAUGUGUUCUUCGGAAGAAGCAUGAGUAAGUAGUGAGUGUACUGAAGUUGUAGCGACUGGAAUGCAUGUGGUAGAGGUAGAAACAGGAGGGGGAGGCAGUUCUUCAAAUGUAAAAAUGACAACAGAUGGUCUGGGGCCUUCUGUAGGGCUCCUUCGGCCCUUGGCAUCUCACAUGCAGAUUUCUGAUCAGCUACAGCAAUAUGAGACCGGAAUCCAAGCUUUCGACAACACUCUGCAAAUUGACUUUGAUCUAAGUUCUGGCAAUAACCCAGCCACUUUCUAUUUUUUUUUUUUUACUUGGUUUAAAGGCCUGGUGGAACAGAGGCUGUUUGGGGCCUUUUCAUUCAUUUUCCCCUGGCCUUGUUCCCAUCAUUUUAUAUAUACAUUAUUUUAUAUAUGGCCUCUACAAAAGUCCAGAUUCCCAGAGAUUUUUAAAUAGGUAUACACAAGUGUUUGGGAAUGGCCCAGGUUCUGCAAAGCUUGGAGUCUAGAACUCCUCUGUGGUCACUGUCAGUUCCCUAAGACUUCUCCCCUCCAUGGUAAAAAAUAUACACAAGUGUUUGGGAAUGGUCCAGGUUCUGCAAAACUUGGAGUCUAGAACUCCUCUGUGGUCACUGUCAGUUCCUCUAAGACUUCUCCCCUCCAUGGUAAAAAUUGCAUCAUGGGGUUCCUUCAAAGCAUCUUAGAAUCCUUGGUAGCACGUCCCAUAGUGUCAGGUCCUGUCAGCACUCAAGGUAGCGUCACCUGGCUUACCCACUGAACACAGAGUGUUGUAGAUGCAUCAUCUUAUUAUCUAUAAAAUUAGUAUUGGGUUCUGUCUCAUUCCCUCUGUGUACAUAUGAAGAUGUAACACGCCCAAAGCCACACAGUGAGUGAGCAAGCCACAAUUUGUACUUUCGCUGUUCUUGCCAGGAAAAGCAUUCCUCAUGAAGCCCUGUAGGGGGCGUGCUCCCACCCCAAGGAGCCACUGUAAGAAGAGAGGACUGAAAGCCACAGCACUCUCCUUGUUGAAUAAGAUGCAAAAUUUGAUGUCCUGCCAACAGGUUGGCAAUUGCAGCUGCCUACAGAAGCAGCGGGGUUUUCUUCCCCUUCCCAAAUGGAAAUGUCACUCGACUUCUUUUGAGGUGGAUUUCCUGUGUUGAGCUUUAAUUGUAGAUGACUCGGCAACCCUCAGCUCUGGGGACUUUCUAAGCAUUGUUGGCUAUGAUAGAUGGCCUUGGAUUUUGUUGCUGAGGCCGAAGUAUAACAUAGGAAGACAUCUUUUCGAAGGAAGGGGGGCUUUGGGGUUUGUUUGGGCCUUGGGUUUUAGCUGUGCCAUUCAUUGUUCCAUCAAACGCUUUCUUCCUUCAUCUUGUACAGUGACUGUAGCCAUUGAACUUGACCUGUGGUUAUAAAUUAGGUUUCUGAUCUGGUCUCCUUUUCCAGUGGGUACUGCAGGAAAUAAGCUCUGUUAAGGAUGCCCUGAGGAGAAAGUCAACCCAAUAGCACAUGAGAGGACUUCAGAGUGGCAUCUCUCAGAUUCUUCCUUUGAUAGCCAAGAGAGGAAUAUAAUGGCCAAGGUCAUCCGCUUCUUUAAUGGUAGAUCCGGGGUUGGGAAGCCCAUUUUCCUGAUUCUCAGUUUCUUCCUAACUUCACCAACCACACAGGGAAGGAAGGCUCAUCCAGGUGAUCAGUCUGGGUAGGUAAUAGGCCAGAAGGAGAACACAGACCCGCACUGGACAGUAUUCACUAAGCUGUGACAGGCAAGCCCUUAUUUUCCAAACACGUUACAAGACUAUGUGUAUGUUAGGGACAGAAGCCAAGGCUUUGUGAAUGCUAGGCAAGCUCUCUACCACUCAGCCACACUUCCAGCCUCAAUUGUGUCUUCAAAGUAAUCAGAAAACUUGUGACUAUAGCAGAAGGGUUAUCUCUAAUUUGCACCUUUAUGGAGGUGAGGGGACAGAGUCAGAUGUUCACCUUGAGGAGGACUUGAGGCCCACUCUACUAUUGCCUGUUGUCCUGAUGCUGGAUACAGAUUCUGACUCUGACUAGCCUAUGACUCUUGCUCCAUCCACUGGUGAUUUCCUUUGUCCACCAAACCCCUGGAGUUUGCAGAACAGGGUGAUAAUGGGGAACUUGGGGAAAAUAGCACCUGUCUGACCAUCCUGUUUGUUUCCUUUGGACAAGGCAGGGGGGUGAAGAAGGGAACGUUCCAGAGUCUACGGUAUGGCUCCAGGGUCUUCUCUGGCACUUGUGUUGUUCCAAUGGCCACCCUGGUCAGUGUCUGGCAGGUGGAUCAUGUUCUGAGUUUAGCUGGGGCUUCCAGAACUUCUCCGCAGAGCUGUUACACCCUCUUGUACUUCUCUAAGGGUGAGAGGCUCGUGGUCUCCUCGGAGUUUGGCAAUCUGAAUGACUGCAUCAGUAAAGGGGAGGUAGCCAACCCAACUGGCCUUUUCUUCCCUGCAUCAGGGUCCUUAUUUGCUGGAGCCCUUGAGGGCCAAAGAAGCCUCUGGCUCUCUUCCAGGCUACUGACAUGUUGCACUACUGAAUCCUCUCAACUCUGCUGCAGCCCUUUGUUUACACCAGCAGAGAACAGAGUGAUGACAAGAACAUUCUAGCUGAAAUGCUUGAUGCUCAGUGCAAAGCUCGCCUGGGUCAGUGGAGCAGGGAAGUCAUCCUGGCCAUGGAGUCACCGUAUCACUGUUGUCUCCUGUGCCCUGUCCAGCUCUCUGCUGUCCCCUGCAGCCACCAUAAGGGCUAGGCUGUUCAACGAGCCCCAUAGCUUCUAGGAAAUGCAGUGGCUUAUUUGUAGUGCCGAGUGACAUCCCAGGCAAAGAAGCAAAAGCCUGUGACCUGCCCCGCCCCUUUAUUCUGCCCCGCCCCUUUAUUCUGCCCCGCCCCUUUAUUCUGCCCCGCCCCUUUAUUCUGCCCUGCCCCUUGUUUAGGGGAGGGGGAACUUUCUAGCAAUUACGGCUUUGUUUGCUGCCUGGUGCUUUUAUAGUAUGUCAUUUGUUUUCAUUUCCUUUUUUAAAACCAAAAUUGCAUUGGUUUGGCUGUCAUUGUCAAGUGUAUAUUUAUUGUUUUACAGAUGUGAGUAUAUAUGUAUGUAUAUGUAUAAAACCAAACUUAUGUAUAAAAAGUCAAAGCAUGUACACUAGAUAUUUUAAAGUUAUUUAUCAAAGGGAAAAGAUGUGUGUUAUAAAGUAAAACAGAGUCUAUAUUUUAUAUAUAAUGUAGAUAGCAAAAGAUAGCUUAUAAAUUAUAGAAGGUUUUACUUUUUGUUUUCUAUUAUUAAACAAAAAAAGAAUUUUAAAAGGUAUUUAAAGGAGAACAAAUGCAAUAGUGCUUAGUGCUUUUGAGGCAAACCGCUAAGGAGUGGGAGGUGGCCCGCCCUCCCUCUGCAGUUCCAGGCUGAGCCGAUGGUACCCACGGUGCCUUGUGAUGCUCUGGGCCAGGGCAGGCAUGCUCAGCCAGCUGUCUGGGCUGCUGUGGCAUUGCUUCCAGCUGUUGAGUGGCUUUGAUGGGAUGAGCAUUGGUGGGAAAAGGACGGAAGUGGCAAAUAAAGUCUUCAAAGAAGAGGUGA